AUGUCAAGCGACUCCACGAACUCGUCUUGGAAGACAUUUUCUGGCCGAAAAUUUCGAAGGUCCGACUGCACCAAACCGACAUGCCGCCAUGGCGCUGAAGCUGAACUACUAACAUCUCAAACAGAGACAAACCCAACAAGAAGAUUCUACCGCUUCAAUCUACGAAAUGACGCAGAUUGUCGUUAUUUUGUUUGGUUGGAUCCUGAACUUCCACCUUAUCAGAAAGGGUGCUAUUUGAAGUUGAAAAGUCAAGUAAAGUCCCUUAAAGAGCAAUUGAGAUGCAAACAAGUUGUGGAGAAACUAUUGAAUGAAAUGUUAGAAAUGAAGGUUAAGGAGAUGGAUUUGUUGAAAAUCGAGAAUGAUGAAUUGGAGAAGAAGGUGACCGACACUUGUGAAAAGGGAAGAAAAGAAAAGAAAUUAUUAUUGUUUUUGUGUCUCUUUGUUCUUCUUGUGUGUGGUUGCUUGAUGAUGGGUUGA